AUGACCAAACACUUGGUCGAAAAGACACCAUCCCAAAUCAAUAAUCUUCUAAACCUCAUAAUUUUCCCAACUGAAAGAGCAGAUUUGAAGAAACAGGGGCCAGAAUUUUCUGUUUGCCAGGCGGGCAGGUGGCCGAUUGCCGCUGAAGAAACGGGCCGCGCCACCAUUUUCCACAGGCGGCCAAUUAAGGCCCGCCCCGCGGAGAUCAAAUUCAAAGGGACCUAUGCAAAGGCCAUCUGCAUUUCAGAACCCAGCUCUGCUACGCCCCUCUCACCGCCAUUUUGCGGCUUUGGCGCGAGCGGCUCUUUUCCCGCCCGCUGGAGGCGGCAGGGGCGCAUGCGCGGGCCGGAGCUGGCGCAGGAGGUAUCGGCAGGCGGUGCCAGUGUGGCUCAUGGGGUUACUAUUCGACGACGACGACGACAGAAGUCAGAAGAGGACAUCAUGGAAUAUUCUGUGGAGCAGGGAGUUUCUGACAAAAUGCACGUCAUCACAUUGCAAGUAGUGAAUAUGGAUGAGCACAUCCAGCCUAGCCUGACUGAGGUCAACUUGGUGACGAUGCAUCAACAAGGGAUUGAAAUGAUUCCAAGUGGACUGAGGCAGGCCAUAGGCAGUGAGGGUGAGAUCAUGCAUACUCUUCCACUCCCUGAAGGAGUGCAAGUUUUUAAGGUAGGGCCAAAUGGAGAGAUGCAGAGCAUCGAGACAGUGGAACUGGAUGCAGCUAAUCGUGGGUCAGAAUACAUAGGCACAAUGGUAGAUCAAGACCAUGAUCAUCUUGUCAAAAAGGAGAAAAGUAUUCUGCAGUAUAAUAUACAAGCUGGGAAUAAUACAGAUUUGACUAUUUAUGACUGUAGAGACAGACAGCCGGAAGGGCUAAGAGCGGAUGUGACUGUUGAAAAAAAUAUUGGUCCUGCCAUAACAACUAGACUUACCAAAAUUAAAAAGAAAGACGUUAGGAAGACAUUUCAGUGUAAACUGUGUUCGUACACCUUUCCGCAACAGUCUAACCUAGACCAUCACAUGAGAAGCCAUACAGAUGAGAGGCCACACAAAUGUCAUCUUUGUGAAAAGGCUUUCCGAACCAUCACCCUCUUACAAAACCAUAUCAACACUCAUACAGGCACCAGACCACAUAAGUGCCCUGACUGUGCUAUGGCCUUUGUUACAAGUGGUGAGGUCGUGCGGCACAGACGUUACAAACAUACCCAUGAGAAGCCAUUCAAGUGCUCAAUCUGUGAUUAUGCUAGUGUGGAGGUGAGUAAACUGAAACGACACAUCCGUUCCCACACAGGGGAGCGUCCAUACCCAUGUACGUUUUGCAGCUAUGCUAGCAGAGAUACAUACAAGCUGAAGCGACACAUGAGAACUCACUUAGGUGAGAAGCCUUACAAGUGCCAUGUAUGCCAGGCCAAUUUCACACAGAGUGGAACGAUGAAAAUGCAUAUCCGGCAGAAGCACACAGACAAUGUGCCCAAGUAUCACUGUCCUCACUGUGAUGCUAUCAUUGCAAGAAAGAGUGACUUGGGUGUCCAUCUACGAAAGCAGCAUUCCUACACAAGCUCCAGCAUGAAAUGUCGUCAUUGUGAGGCUACGUUCCAUGAGCGCUUUGCACUUAUCCAGCACCAAAAGACCCACAGGAAUGAGAAACGCUUCAAGUGUGACCAGUGUGAUUAUGCAUGUAAACAGAAACGUCACAUGAUAAUGCACAAGCGUAUCCACACAGGGGAAAAGCCAUUCAGCUGCUCCCAAUGCGAUAAGCGGUUCAGACAGAAGCAGCUACUGGAUUUGCAUUUCAAGAAGCAUCACAAUCCCAGUUUCAUCCCAGAGGCAUACGUUUGCUCCCGGUGUUGUAAGAGCUUCACUCGCAAGGAGGAGAACACCAAGAUCAUGGAGCCCGGUAAUUUAGCGCAAGCAGUCAAUCACGUCAGCCGCAAGGGCUUCGACUUGCUGAACGUUCAGCUGGUUUGCGGUCACCACAAGCGCAUCCUGCAGGACUCUGAUGGAGCAAACAAUUGGCAUUUUGAAAAUGAGAUUACGGUGCCUCGACAGUCCGGUGGAGCACUGCAAUACAGUCCACCGAGGGUGUCGCACAUCAUUGUCGCAGCAAUGAUGAGCACUAUUGAGGUGCAGGCAUCAGUAAUGUGUCCAGUGACUGUGAAGUCGAACCAUCACUUUGAAGGUUACACACUUCCAGGGAAGAGGCCCUUUAUCUUGUGCGGGAACCAAGUUUUCACAUCUGAGUGA